AUGAAACUUACUGAAAAAGCGAAUUUAUCGUCGUCAUGUGUAAAAAGUGGAGUCACGUUUAUGAGAGAUUUAACACAGUUGAAAGAAUGGCCGUUACAAAUGCUGGAUUCUAUGGGAAAACCUUCAGCUGGUAUGUUAGGUAUAACUCCAUGGAUCAGGGGCGAUUAUGAUCAGUGCCUGAACAUUGAUAGUGGACGCAGUGGACUCAAGAAUUCUAAAAAUAUUAAUGGAAAAUGGCCGAAGUAUGGAAAAAUUAUCACACUGAUGUUAGUUGUGGCAGGAGUUUUAUCACACAUUAUUAAUACAACUAUAUACAAAGUUCACAUAAUAUUUGGUUACUCUGUUGAUUAUAGAAAACUUACGAAUUAUCUGAAUUACAAUUACGGGAGACCUUACUAUACACAUCUUAAUUCAUUUUUUACUGGAUUUUUAUUUGGAUUCAUUAUGUUGAAGAAAAAAGAAAUUAAAUUUGGUUAUAAAACACUUCUGGUAUUUUGGAUUGGAAGUAUUGUAUUGAUAAUGCUGGCAAUAUUUGGAUUGCACGAUUAUAAAAGAGAAACGUUACCAAACGACACUAUAGUGUAUUUACAUCAUACGUUAUCUCCAUUUGCUUUUACUGUGGCUACCGCAUGNCCCACUUUGUUUAAAUAA